AUGUCAUUCGAAAAAGCUGAAGACAUUCCACUCCCACCAGAAUCAUCUGAGCCAUCGGGAUCCAGAUCACUGGAAGACGUCAUGCUGAUGUUCAAGGUUUUAAAAGAAUCAGUCGAAGUCAUGAAUCAAUCCGUCAAUGCCAAACUUGCGGAUAUGAAUGACAGAAUUACAAUUCUUGACAAUAAUCAAAAAGCUUUCAUGCCAAAAAACAAGAAAAAAGAUAUCGGAAAUAUUCUUCAUAAACAAAAGAAAGAAGAAACUGAUGUCAAGGAUAUUAAAACGGUGGUUGGUGAAGAAAAAGAAGAGAUCCAUCAGGUUGAAGACUUUGUGUUGAAAGAACAACAAGAGUUACGUGAUGUCGAGAAGACUGUCUUGAAAGAAGAGGAAGACUUACAGAAAAUUCAAGAAUCCAUUACAAAAGACGCAGAGGAGGUACCAAAAGUUGAAGAAUCAACCACGAAACAAAAACAAGAGUUACAUCAAGUGGGUGGAGAAUUUUUAUUUUACAAAGGGAUCAAAAGGAAAGUAAUCAAUACCCCUCGGGAUCCAUAUCAAACUACAACCACGGGUUCUGACCAGAGAUUCAGAUCCCAACAACCCAACAUUGGAAAUACAUUGGCGCAGGAUCUAGCAUUAAUCCCAAAUUUAGAUCCAGAAAUUUCCCGAUUGAUCAAGGGGUAUUUACCUUUUAUUACCUUACAUGAGGUAAACAUUAUUGGAGCCCCAGUUGGAAAACCAUCAAACUUCCGACCAGAUCUAGUCAUCCACAACCCAAAGGAUCCUGAAAAGAUCCAAAAAAAACUUAUGCGACUUCAAUCGUAUAUGCAAUUAUCACUCGCUCCAUAUCAUCUCUACCCGAUGAUAUUGGAACCAUAUUUGCAGGGUAAGAUACAUUGGUUACAUGGAGGACGCCAAGAAAAGUCCAGCCAAUGGCCAAGAAUAUAG